AUGGUGAUAAAGAAUGAGAGGAAGCUGAUGGGAUGGGAAUAUUAUCUUAUUAUUAGAGAUGAUAUCAGAGACCUGCAGCCAAUACAAGCACCGUGUGGACAGGAUCGACGAAGCGCUGAUCUAGAAAAAAUUCCUUGCAAUGUCAAAAUUGGUCCCACUGCCGAAGGAGGAUCCGUCUGCAGAAGCAAAACCACAAACUACAGCAAAGGACUAAAGGAAAUUGCAGAAGAGAUGAUCAAGGGAGGGAAAGAAAGCCAAUACAAGAGCGUGAAGCACCGCGUGGACGCGAUUGAUGAAGCCAACUGCAAAUACAGCUACAGCAUCAUUGAAGGAGAUGUUCUUGAAGCCGGCGACCUUGAGAAAAUCUCGUACGACAUCAAAAUAGAAGCUUCGGCUGAUGGAGGAUCCGUCUGCAAAACCAAAAGCACGUACCACACCAAAGGAAUUAAGGAAAUCGCACAUGAGAAGAUCAAGGAAGGGAAAGAAAGGGCACACGCCAUGUUCAAGGCUAUUGAGAGUUACCUCCACGCCAAUCCCGAUGCUUACAAAUGA